GCUGCUGCGGAAGAUGCCGACCUCGACCUCGACGACGACGACGCCGGCUCGGAGGCGGCCGCGCGCGAGGGGCUGCUGGCUCUGGAGCGCGGCGAUGCCGCUGCUGAGAUGGACGUCGUGGACGAGUUCGACGACAGCUGGGCCGAUGUCCCGCCACGCGCGUUUGCGCCUCCCGCGGACGAGCGCGCGUCUGGCGAGCGCGCGGCGCUGGUCGCAGAGCUCGCGACGCUGUGCUCCAAGCCCGUGGACGCCGCCCUCAUGGCCCUUGAUCUCGACCACCUGCGGACCUACGUCGAGUUGGUUCGCAUGCAGAAGUCGAAGUGA